AUGGCCUCUCCACGACGCGAAGAAGGAAACAGCCGGGUGAGAUACCUCGACACGACAAUAGCCUACGACAUGUGGUCAAAGGUGUACGACACGGACGGCAACUUCCUGCAGGCGCUCGACUCGGCCGAGAUUGAGGCUCUGCUGCCCAAGCUGGUCGCCGCCAUCGACUCGCCCAAGCCGUGGACGCUGGUCGACCUCGGCUGCGGCACGGGACGCAACACGGUGCGCCUCGUGCAGAUCCCUGACUCCCACGUCAUCGCCCUCGACCUCAGCCCCAAGAUGCUCGACGUCGCUCGCAAGCGGCUCGACGGCGCAGACACCGCCACGCACGAGACCAGCCGCGUCACGCUGCAGGUGUUCGACGUCCUGAACGCAGCGGCAGGCGCAUCGUCUCCCCCGCGCAAUGCCGACGCGGUCGUGUCGACGCUGGUGGUGGAGCACGUGCCGCUGGCGGCGUACUUCGCGGCGGCGGCGGGCAUGCUGAAGCCGGGCGGGUUGUUGCUGCUCACAAACAUGCACUCGGACAUGGGCCGCAUCAGCCAGGCCGGCUUCGUCGACCCCGCGACCGGCGACAAGAUCCGCCCGCAGAGCUACGCCCACUCGGUCGCCGACGUCGUGGCUGAGGCCGCCCGCCACGGCCUGGCUGUUGCGUCGGCGUUCGAGGAGCGCUGCGUCACCGAGGACAAUUACCGCCUGUUUGGGCUGCGGGCCAAGAAGUGGGUGGGCGUGCGCGUGUGGUACGGUGGCAUUUUGCGCAAGAUCUGA